GUAAUGUCGAUGUGACCACAGAGGGAGCUGAAAUAAAUUCCAAAUGAACCCUAGACGACUGCUCAGUGGUAGUUUGAAAACAGUUUCUGUUCUCACCUUUCUAGUGAAUCACUGUUUUUUGUCACUAAGGCUCUGCGACGUGUGAAAAUGGGACGGAACGUAGUGUACCAACCAAUUCUAAAUUUUACGAAAUACUGCAUGAUCGCUGCCGGAAUAUGGCCGCUGCCACUGUCAACCGAAAACGCCCUUUUACUCAAAUUAUACUCAACUUACUCUACAUUUGUGCAGAUUUUUCUUCCAUUAUUUCUGUCGUCGCUGUGCAUACAAUUUGUCGUGGCCGUAACUGACACCUAUUCGGACAACGAUCCGGAUAAGCUAUUCAAACAUGUUUCGUAUAUCAUCACCAUGGGAAGUGUAGAAGUUGUGGUGAUAAUAUGCCAGAAGGAGAAAUUUAAGGGCGUAGUGUCUUUCAUUGUGGAAGAAGAGAAGGAAAUAGUGCGAAGCGAAGAUAACGAAAUACUCAAGUUUCACCGGUUUCAAGUUAAACUUUGCAGAGCCAGUAACUGGGCAGUGUUUAUAUUCACGUUCGGAGUGGCGAUAUCCAUGACCAUCGAGAAUUUUUUGCAAAGGGCCGAAAUAGAAGAAUACAAUAAAGCCCAUGGAGAAGAAAUGGAAAAACCAUUGCCCUACGAAUUGUAUUACUUUGGCCUGAACAAGAACGAUCAUCAGACGCUGCUUCUGGUGAUGAUUAGCAUCGCGAACAUCAUGAUCGAUCUGCUAGUCGCGUCCACGAAGAUGAUUUUCAUCUCUUGCAUAAUCUUCGUGCCUUCGACUUUGAAAAAACUGCAGAUUAAAUUUAAAAAGAUCGAGUUUAGAGAAGGAAAUUUAUUUGUAAAUGUCGGGAACCUUGCGUUUGAACAUCAACACGUUAUCGAUUUUGUUGAAAACCUAAACGACUUAAUAAAGUACGUGAUUUUGCUGGAAUAUCUUUUGAACUCUCUCAAUCUGGCCGCCGUCUCGAUUCAAUUCAUGACGAAUCAACAACUUUCACCAAUUUUCUACUUCAGUUUUUUGAUCAUACAAACAUUUGUGUUGGGCUGGUCUGCGAAUGAAAUCAAAAUUCAGAGCGAAGCGUUAGCCCAUGCGCUCUACGAAAGUUCUUGGUACAAUCAAAAUGACGCCAUUAAGAAAAUGCUGCUCACGAUGAUCCUUCGCGCACAAAAACCUUUAGUUUUGACGACCGGUCCCUUCGACGCGAUGACAACUGAAUCCGCUUUGAGAAUUCCCAUCAUGUUCCAACCAGAACUCGACAUACGAAAGAAAAUAUGAUUAGAUUUAUUUAAAUAAUAUAGUGAAACCAUGUAAAGAAAACUGAAACUAACCAGAACUGUGCAAAACUAAAAGUGACAAUUUUUAUCAAUACAUGAUUAAAUCUUUCUAAAUUAAUGUUGAUUAUGAUUAAUGAAAUAUCAAAAUCAAAUUAUAUUACACUUUUGAGUGAUAUAUCGUUGUUAAUAAAGAAAAUAGCUUACUAGAUGCUGUUGUAACCAAUAGUAAUAGAUGUGAAAGCACUUUCAGUUUUGUUGAAGUAGAUGCGCAUCAUCCAAAUAGAUAUAAACAUUUCAAAGGAAAAGACAGUGUCACCUAAUGUACUAAUGUGAUAAUGUUAAUCAUUGUUAUAACAAAAUAUUUGUAAUUUUAUUUUAAUUAUUUAACUAAACAAAUUAUUAAAGACAUACAAAUCAUAGAAAAAUUAAGAAUGAAAAAUCAGAAAUAAAAAAUCAAUUUAUUCAAUUAAGAACCAAAAUAAAAAAGAACAAUUGAUGCCCCAAGUGUGAUGCAUUUAAAUGAUGUUGAGUAUAGUGAUAGUAAGCCAACAGCAGGUGCUUUUGCUAACGGUUUUAGUUCUGUUGUUACCAAAGAUGAUUUUGAUUACUUUAAUAGCUCAAGUUUAUGAUUAUUUUUGUCUGGUAUUCGUUUUUUAUCUUCUUCACUUAGGAGCUUAUCAAAAAAUAAACACAUUUCCUUUAUGAUGAAGAGAAGCAAAAAUCUGCUCAGUUUUUAAAAAGGUGAUGUUACUGAUAUUAAGAACUACAUACAUAUGACUACUUUCUUGUCCUGCUAAGAUAUUUGAAUCCAUAAUUCUAUAUAUAACCUUCGUUUUAUAAAUAAAAAUCUAUAUUCACAAUUCUUUUGAAAUUACUCAAUAUAUUGCUGAUUGACAAGAAACCGAUAAUCAUAAUAUAUUGGGGUUCAGUUUAGAGACUUUGAUUCUGACUUGCUUUUUCGAAAUUUUAUCUUUUUCCUCAAAAAUUUGCCUAAGUUGACCUACAUUU